CAAAAUUACUCUAUUCUUAUUUUCAGAGGGUCUAUUACCUGUCCCUCGAGUUCUACAUGGGCAGGUCCCUACAGAAUACGAUGAUCAACCUUGGUAUCCAAAGCUCUGUAGAUGAAGCUCUCUAUCAGUUAGGUCUAGAUAUUGAAGAAUUAGAAGAGCUAGAAGAGGAUGCUGGUCUAGGAAACGGUGGACUGGGAAGGCUUGCCGCCUGUUUCUUAGAUUCGAUGGCUACCUUAGGAAUGGCGGCCUACGGUUACGGAAUCCGUUACGAAUACGGCAUCUUCGCGCAGAAAAUCAUAAACGGCGAGCAACAAGAAGAACCCGACGACUGGCUCCGAUUCGGCAAUCCCUGGGAGAAGGCGAGACCUGAAUACAUGUUACCGGUCAAUUUCUACGGCCGCGUCGUCGACACGGCAGAAGGAAAGAAAUGGGUGGAUACGCAAGUGGUUUUCGCCUUACCGUACGACAACCCGAUUCCCGGUUACAACAAUAAUGUCGUCAAUACGCUCAGGUUGUGGUCCGCCAAGUCGCCGAUGGAUUUCAACUUGAAGUUCUUCAACGACGGUGAUUACAUCCAGGCGGUCCUCGACAGAAACCUCGCCGAGAACAUCUCCAGGGUUCUCUAUCCCAACGACAAUGUCUUCGAGGGCAAAGAGUUGCGAUUGAAACAAGAGUACUUCCUGUGCGCUGCUACUCUCCAAGAUAUCAUCAGGCGAUACAAGGCGGCAAAGUUCGGAACCAGGGAACCCACCAGGACGAACUUUGACUUGAUGCCUAAUAAGGUGGCCAUACAGCUGAACGAUACUCAUCCGUCGUUGGCUAUUCCUGAGCUGAUGAGGGUUCUGGUUGACAUUGAAGGGCCUAUCUGGGAAAACGCCUGGGACGUAACCGUCAGAUGCUGCGCGUACACGAACCACACCGUCCUCCCCGAAGCCCUGGAACGUUGGCCCGUCUCCAUGUUCGAACGGCUACUGCCGCGCCAUCUAGAGAUCAUCUACCACAUCAACUUCCUGCAUCUACAGGACGUGCAAAAGAGGUGGCCCGGCGACAUGGAUCGAAUGAGGAGGAUGUCUUGCGUUGAGGAGGAUGGAGAAAAGAGGAUCAAUAUGGCGCAUUUGUCCAUCGUCGGCUCGCACGCCGUUAACGGGGUGGCUGCCAUACAUUCGGAGAUCAUCAAGAAAGAUGUGUUCAAAGACUUCUACGAGAUGAACCCUGAAAAAUUCCAAAACAAAACAAACGGCAUCACUCCUAGAAGAUGGUUGGUGCUGUGUAACCCCAGCCUUAGCGACCUGAUCACCGAGAAAAUUGGAGACGAAUGGACCGUCCAUCUGGAUCAGUUGACCAAACUGAAACAAUGGGCCAAGGAUCCCAAUUUCCAAAGAGCCGUCCAGAAAGUCAAACAGGAAAACAAACUUCGUCUCGCGCAACUGCUAGAAAAAGACUACGGCGUUAAGAUCAACCCCUCCUCGAUGUUCGACAUCCACGUGAAGCGCAUCCACGAGUACAAACGCCAACUGUUGAACUGCCUGCACAUCAUCACCCUGUACAACAGGAUCAAGAAAAACCCCUCCGCGAAAUUCACCGCCAGGACGAUCAUGAUCGGUGGCAAAGCGGCACCUGGUUACUACGUGGCUAAGAAGAUCAUCAAGUUGAUCAACAUGGUCGCGAACGUGGUCAAUAAUGAUCCUAUUGUCGGGGAAAAGUUGAAGGUUAUCUACUUGGAGAAUUACAGGGUGACUUUGGCGGAGAAGAUCAUACCGGCUGCUGAUUUGAGCGAGCAGAUUUCUACUGCCGGCACCGAAGCCUCGGGCACGGGCAACAUGAAAUUCAUGCUGAACGGCGCUCUGACUAUCGGCACUCUAGAUGGCGCCAAUGUCGAGAUGGCCGAAGAGAUGGGCGACGAGAACAUUUUCAUAUUCGGCAAUGACCGUAGACGAAGUGGAAGACUUGAAAAGGAAAGGCUACAACGCGAUGGACUACUAUAACGCGAAUCCCGAGUUGAAGCAGGGCGUGGAUCAGAUUCAGAACGGGUUCUUCAGUCCGGGGAAUCCGGAUGAGUUCAGGGAUUUGGCUGAUAUACUGUUGAAGUAUGACAGGUUUUAUUUGUUCGCGGAUUACGAGGCGUAUAUCAAGAAACAGGAGGAGGUUAACAGCGUGUAUGAGGUAAGAAAUGAGAUUAUAUG